AUGGCACUCCUAACACCCCAGGGAGUGAAAAAAGUCUUCCAGUUCCAGAGACCAGAAGGGCGGGAGCACCUGCGGAGGCUGCUGAACUGGGAGGAGUUUGACGAGCUGAGGGAUGCGCGCAGAAGCAUCCUGCUGGACACCUUGUAUGAGAGCAUCGUCUUUGCCGUAGGCAAGGGCUUCCCGUGGACCGGGGUGGCCCAGGUGGUCAAGUUCACCGAAGAGCUGCUCAAGGAAACCAAAGGGCGGCGCUCCCCUGCCAGUCCUGCCGAGGCGCCUUGCACCUUGCGCCCCACCGGUCUCCACCUCCUGCGCGCCUCACCGCCGUCCCUGGACGCUCCGCCGUCUCCGAGUCUUGCCCUUCCGCCGCUUGGCCCCGGCGCCGCGGCCUUCUCGGACACAAGGCCGAGCCACUGCGCCUUGGCUUCCAGCCGCUGGCGACUCAGCACCCCCCGUGGGGCGCCCCUCCGCACCCCGCCGGGCCGGGAGCCCUGCCCCACGGCCCCAGCUGAAGGUUUGGGCGAGGACAGGGCACUGCUCAGAGGCGGUUUUCACAACUUGUUGGGAAAUUCCGCCCCGCCCCAGCCAGCCGCGGGCGCCCCCAGGCCUGCCCUGGCACCCCUCCGAACCGCUGCCCCUGCCCGGCCACGCGGGUACCGGAGUUCAGCCCUGUCCGCUGAGCUCCGCGGUGGCUCGACGCCAGAACAAACACUGACGAGUGGGAAGAGGAAUGUCAGCCCUGAGCAGGAGCUAGAAGACCUCGUCCGGGAGGCCGUCCGCAUCCAGACCGAGAGCCUGAAGGGGCUGCUGCAGGGCGCGGUCCAGGUCACCUUCGACAUUCUGGACCUGAAGCUCCAGAAGAAGGCGCUGACCCUCAGCGCCCCGGCCCCCUUCCCCCUCCGCGUCGCGGGCCAGCCCGGCCAGGACGAGACUCUCAGGCUGAACAAAGCAGGCGGAAGAAAGCGGGGCAAGGCCAGGAGGCCGGGCAGAUGGACAGAGGUUUUGGAACUUUCCCGGGGGCGGGAUGGAGCUUUGGCAAAGCUGGGCAGCGGUGCUCGAGCCCUCCGGCAGCUGCGGCGUCGAGGUGACCGCCAGUCUGCUUUCCUGGAGCUCCUGCUCCCACGCUCAAGCCAGAAGGUGGCUGUGGCUGGACUCACACCCAAGAAUGAGCGGCCCAGCUCGCCAGGUCUCCGGCCCUCCUGGACGCUGCUCGCAGCCAAAGUGGCCCGGGGGCCUGGCUCGCUGGCCCGGCCUCCUCUCCCUCGCUCUCCAUUCCUGCUACCUGAGGUCCACGCCAAAGAAACCGUGCUGGGAGCCACCCGCUACCCUACGUCUGUGCGCAGGAGGCACCGGGCUUGGGCUGCGCCUGGCAUCGUCCCCACCCUGCGCUGCUGUGACGCUGUCGCCUCCGCCCUGCCGGCUCGCGGCCCCAACAGUGCCCCAACGGCCGCGCCACCGAGCAGGGCCCUGUGCAUGUCUCUGCUCCAAUGGCGGCCCCUGGGACAGCUUGGCCAGGGCCGAGGGGCCCUCUCCCCAGAUGGCUGA